CCAACCCAUCUCCGCCGAAACAUCUGGGGUACAGGCUUGCAGCAAAACUCUGGAACUUGGGAGACUCGAUCGUUGGAAGAACACAAUAUUCCUCAGAAAGAAAAUUUUCCACAGCGAUCUACAGUUGUGAUGGGAUCCCUGCUCUCAAUCUCCCUCCUCCUCUUGGCUUUGUCAGCCUCUCUACAAAUCUCUUCUCCUCGCAAGAUAGGAGGGAAAAACAAGGUGGCAAAGAUGGAGCCUAUCUAUCAUCAUGAUAAUGAAAAUUCACCCAUUGGAAUUGACCCCUCAAAAGUAAUCCAACUAUCAUGGCAUCCGAGGGCCUUCUUGUAUAAAGGAUUUCUUUCUGGAGAGGAGUGUGAUCACCUCAUUUCUCUGGCACAAAAUAAACUAGUCAUACCUUUGGCUAAUGAUAGUGAUACAGGAAAUAAUCCAUCAAGCUCCGAAAUGUUCUUGACCCGAAAGCUGGAUGAAACUGUUUCAAAGAUUGAGGAGAGAAUAUCAGCUUGGACUUUUCUUCCCCAAGAGAACGGGGAGGAAAUGCAAAUAUUGCACUAUAGGACAAAUGAAAGUCAUGAACCAAAUUAUGACUAUUAUCAAGUAGGAUCCAAUAUGGUGAAUGGUGGGAAUCGAGUUGCAACAGUUCUGAUGUAUCUCUCAGCGGUGACUCGUGGUGGUGAGACAGUCUUCCCCAAGUCAGAGCUUAAAGACUCUCAAAUCGAGGAUGAAACUUUGUCAGAUUGUGCAUCAACUGGUUACACAAUAAAACCAGCCAAAGGCGAUGCCCUUCUUCUCUUCAAUCUUCAUCCUAACACAACAAUAGACGAAAGCAGCAUCCAUGGGAGCUGCAAAGUCAUCGAAGGCGAGAAAUGGACUGCAACGAAAUUGAUACACACGAGAGCUUUCAAUGUAAACAAAGACUCGAGGCCUUCUCUGAUUUUGGAAGAAGAAUGCACAGAUGAAGAUGAUAACUGCAGUCGAUGGGCUGCCAGCGGAGAGUGCCAUAGGAAUCCUGUGUUUAUGUUGGGUACUCCUGAUUACUAUGGAUCUUGUAGGAAGAGUUGUGGUGUUUGCUGACAGUUGUUGAGAACUUUGUAAAUAUUACAGAGGGAAUGAAUUUCAGGCGUUGGUAUCUUAAUCCAUGAAUGUUUGUAGUGCAAAUAAAUAUUGCAAUAGUGGGGUUUGUUACGAUGUGA